AUGCAGGUGUUCCGUGAGGCCAUCGAGAAGAAUGGUGGGCCGCUGCCGCUCUUGUACUACCUGCAGCCAGAUGCUGGUAAUACGUCGGACCCAGGCUCGGCGCAGUACCGCGACAAGCCGAUCGACCUCCUCAGCACACGCGUUGACCGGCGCACCUUCUUCGAGUGCGUCCUCAGUGACGCAGACUUCGCGAUUUUGGCAACUUUCCUGCUGAGUGGUGUGUCGGUCAACGCAACCCGAGCCGAAGAUGGUGCGUCGGCUCUGCACAUUGCCGCGGCAGGUACGCUGGAGGUGCUGAACCAUGCCAACUCUCAGGGUGGCGGCAGCAGCGGCCAGAUGGCAGGCGGCGACGGUGCCGGUGGUAGCAGCAUGCGUGCAUUUCACGCUGCGACUCGCGAGAAGGAUGAGCUUGCCGAUGACGGUGACGAGAGCGACGGUAGCACCGGUAGCAUCUUGAACCCGCCGUGCAAGAACCAACUCAUUAUUUCGUUCCUCAUCGACAACGGGGCCGAUGUGAACGCGGCCAUGCGCGGUGGCCAGGGGCAGACGCCGCUAAUGAUGGCAGCCUCUCGCCAGAACAUGCGAGUGGUAAGGCUACUGCUGGAGAAGGGCGCCGACCUGAACGCGCAGGAUGCGCAAGGGCGUACGGUGCUCAGCUACGCCGUCGCCUACCCUCAUGUGAUGGAAACGCUGCGGCUGUGGAUGGGCGAGGCGGUCUUCUACGCGGCGGCGGUGCGGGAGCGGCUUCUGCCCACGGCGUGCCGCUCCCUCGGCAACGCCUAUGCGGCGCUCUACCUCAUCGAACAAGUCGGCCUGGACGUGAACAUGAGCGAUGACGUCGAUGCUGCGGCAGCCGCCGCAACGCCAGGGCCGGUGCUGCCUGGUCAAGUGUUGCCUGUUGACCCGAGGAACCCUCGGCGGGACUGCAUCCAAAGCCCCCCACACACGCCCGACACCGCGUCGAUGUUCUUCGCUGCUGAUGCGUCAGACAGCAGGCACAGCGCAUGGAGCCUCACGCAAUCGGCGGCGAAUUCGGUGCUGCCCACCACAAACGUCACCACAACGGCGGCAGCUAGAAACCUCCCUCACUCCUCCGCAUGCGCCGGCGUCGGCAGCUUAGGUAGGGCCGCGGCCGAAGCCGUCAACAUGGGCGCCUUACACAGCGGUGACACGCCACUUCACUGCGCAGUGAGCACCGUCGACGUGGCCCUCGUACGAGCGCUACUCAGCAAGGGCGCCGACGUGCACGCGGCCAACCACAGCGGUGUGACACCGCUGCAACUCGCCCGGUCGCAGUCGUCGCUUGCCCAGUCGUGGAAGCAGUACUGGAAGGACGAGCUUGUUGUGAUGCUGCGGCCCUCGUCCGCCAGCGCCGCCGCUGCCCGGCGCCGCCGUCGUGAGCUGCAGCGCGACAAGAGCCCGCGCAAGGUGCGCGCGCUGCUGACGGCCUACAGUCGCGCGAACACCACGCAAUCCCGCGAGAAAGUGGUGCGCGAGGAGCCAGCGCUGUACCUGUGGAGGCGCUAUGCUCCCAUGGACGUGGUGCUGUUCGUCGCGACGGCAACGCUGCCGCACGUCGUUUUCUUCAUCUGGUGUUGCAUCAUCCACAACGCUUUCGUACUGCUGUGCACGCUGCCGCUCAUAUACGGCGUCUACGCGGGGAUGCAGCGCCUCGACAGACGCCGCGCUCAAAGUCGGUCCCUUACGGACUUGGGCUGGUGCGUCGGCCUUGUCCUCGCGCAAGGGCUGUGCCGGUUGCUCUGCACCGCGUAUUACUAUCACCAGUACUACAGUUUUGCCCAUGAGGGCCACAGGGCUCUCACCUGGUGGCUGAUCCCAGCCGCUGCGGCGACGGGGGUGCUAGCAGCGUACGUUGUUCUCUUUUCCCCGGGACUCGUGACGAGCAGCGAAGGACAGCGUAAAGGCAUCUACGCCAGCCUGCGAAGCGCCCAGGGCGAGUACGAGAGAGAGCUGCUCUACAGUAUGCAUCUACGCACCAUGGUUAAGAAACCGCUGCGGGCGCAGUACUGUCCGGAGCUGCGGCGCGUCGUGCUCCGUUACGAUCAUUUUUGCCGCUACCUGAACACCGCCAUCGGCGGCGGCAACCACCGCGCGUUCUUGUGGCUGCAGGUCGCGCUGCUGUCCAUGCUGUGCUGCCUCUACUACUACGCAUGCGAGUACAGGCGUCUCAUGAGCAGUAUCUCGGAUUUGGCUCGCGCAUCGGCCGCGGAGGUGGGUCGCGCGCCGGGGCACAGCACGGCCAGCGUGGCAGCCGCGAUGGAGGAGAAUCGCGUCAUUAUGGAGAAAUUCGAAACAGUGGUCUUCGCGACGGCCUGGCGCCGCUUCGCCUACACGUACUCCCAGGUGAUCCUGCCCUUGAUGAUCCUGGUGGUUGUGUAUCACCUCUGCACUCAGCUGCACGCUAUAGCCCGUAACUUGACCCUCUACGACGUCGAGCACAGCGAGGACGAGAGCAGCCUGUACUGCUUCACGCUCGGCAGCAGGGUCUACAGCCUGUUCGACAACGGCAUAUGGGCCAACCUCCGCGAGUUCUUCGGCUGGUCCUCGCUCACGCAGAAGGUCUACCGGGUUCCGCAGAUCAACCCAUACCUGCAGCAAGUCGUCAAGGAUCAUCAACGGUGGCAGUUGACCGGCGGCGACGCCUGCUGUGAUAACGGCGAUCAUCAGCAUCAGCCCUGCGCGCACGCAAGCGGUGCUGUCUGCAAAUCCGGUGCAGCAGCAGCAGCAGCAAGCACCACCACCACGGCGGGGACAAGGACAGGGCCAGCUGAGUUGGGGGAGGGCGAGUCCACCCGAGCUCAGCAGAUACUGAGGGCGCCACAGCAUGAGGCGCUCGCCGCGGCGCAGCAGGAGCGGCAGCCAGCAUCACAAGCCGAGGAGGGCGGAGAAGACGACUACUACGCUGACAACGGCGGUGGUAACGACGGCUCAGCACUGGCAAUGCACAUCUUCCAAGAGAUGGUCCGCAGCGGCCGCGCAGAUGUCGGCCGUCGUGACACCAUAGAAGUCACGGCGGCGGCGGCGGCGGCGGCGGUGCACGGUGGCGGCGUGGAUGCGGAGACGCAGCAGGAGUGGGAUGCAGCGGCGGAGAAGGCGAGGCAGAUGUACCGCUUCUACCUACAGUCGAUCGGCGGCGCCGGCGACGGUGAUUGUUAA